UCCUGUCCCCAGGGUAAAGCUGGAGGUAUCAGAGUUCGCUCACCCUUUCCCUCAUAAUUUCUGCUUUCUUCCCGGAGUGAGUCCAGACGCGCGCAACAGUAAUUUAUGUCAGUAUUCUCUGACUGGGAGAAGAUGGUGUCCUCACUCCGGGCGAUGUGGAUGUUCAAGGAUGGGGUGAUUAUUUUCUGCACACCAUUCCUCCUCCUCCCGCUACCUCUGCUGAUCAGAACCACGGAGGCAGGCUGUGCCUAUGUGAUAGCCCUGAUGGCAGUGUACUGGUGCACUGAGGUACUGCCGCUGGCUGUGACUGCUCUCCUGCCUGCUGUCCUCUUCCCUCUGUUUGGCAUCAUGGAGUCCAAGCAGGUACGCUUCCCUCACACAUGCACGCACACACACACACACACACACAAACACACAUGCUCACACACAAAGACAAUCUCUCACAAAUGUGUGUAUCAGGUGUGUAUGCAGUACCUGAAGGACACCAACAUGCUGUUUGUGGGCGGGCUGAUGGUGGCUGUUGCCGUGGAGACAUGGAAUCUUCACAAGCGCAUUGCCCUCAGAGUUCUACUUGUUGUGGGGGUGCGGCCUGCCCUUCUAAUGCUAGGGUUCAUGGGUGUGACAGCGUUCCUGUCCAUGUGGAUCAGUAACACAGCCACCACAGCUAUGAUGGUCCCCAUUGUCCAGGCUGUCCUGGAGCAGCUCAACAGCCCACGAAAGGGGGAGAACACCCUGCACACCCCUCAGAGCCAGGAGAAUGGUACGACUCCUGAGGAAAAACUGGAGAACAGUUCGACCCCACAGAACACACUUAAGAUCCAGGACAAUCACAUCCCACUGGAGAAACCAGCCUCAAAAGAUAAACUGGACUCCCCAGACAAACUAGUUCCUCAGGACAACUCUCUGACUGAUGGGAAGCCAGUGGUAGUGUCCAUGGUCUUGAAGGAAGGGACUGAAGCAGAGGAGCAGGUUGGGGAGGAAGAGGAGGAGAAGGAGAGGAUGAAGAUGUGUAAAGGCCUGACGUUGUGUGUGUGUUACGCUGCCAGCAUCGGAGGCACUGCCACUCUCACUGGCACCGGACCCAACCUCGUCCUCACAGGGCAGAUGAGCCAACUCUUCCCUCAGAACGGUGACGUGAUUAACUUUGCCUCGUGGUUCGCCUUUGCCUUCCCCACCAUGUUGCUAAUGCUAACACUGGCCUGGCUCUGGCUCCAGCUCGUCUUCAUCGGCUUCAAUCUGAAGCGUACGUGGGGCUGUGGUGCUGUGCAGUCAGAGAAGGAGCGUGCAGCAUAUGAUUUGAUCCGUGAGGAGCAUCGUCGUCUGGGACCCAUGUCUUAUGGAGAGCUGAGUGUCCUGGGGCUCUUCAUCCUGCUGGUGGUGCUUUGGUUCACACGAAGCCCAGGCUUCAUCGACGGAUGGGCAACCCACGUCUUCAACGCCAAGGCAGAGUUUGUGACUGAUGCCACAGUGGCAGUGUUUGUUGCCGUGUUGCUGUUCGUCUUGCCCUCUGAGCCCCCCCGCUACCUCUGCUUCUGGAGAACACAGAGCUUUGACACAGAGCCCCAGCCCCCCCGCGGCCCCGCCCGUGCCCUGCUGACCUGGCAGGUGACCCAGAGGAAGAUGCCCUGGAGCAUUGUACUGCUGCUAGGAGGAGGCUUCGCACUGGCUAAGGGAAGCGAGAUGUCUGGUCUGUCGCGGUGGCUGGGUGAUCAGAUGAUGCCUCUCAGCUCUAUCCCUCCCUGGGCCAUCGCUGUCAUCCUCUGUCUCCUCAUCGCCACCUUCACUGAGUGUGCCAGCAACGUGGCUACCGCUACACUCUUCCUGCCCAUCCUCGCCUCCAUGUCCCAGACCAUAGGGGUGAACCCACUGUAUGUGAUGGUACCCUGCACCCUCAGUGCCUCCUUUGCCUUCAUGCUGCCUGUGGCCACGCCUCCUAACGCCAUCGUGUUCUCUUAUGGAUACCUGAAGGUGUCAGACAUGGCUAAAACGGGUAUAGUGAUGAACAUCAUAGGGAUCCUGUGCAUCACUCUGGCCAUUAACAGCUGGGGUAGAGCCAUGUUCAACCUGGACACCUUCCCCUCCUGGGCCAACACCACCGCUACCAUCACUACAGGAGGAUGAGGGGGGAAAUGAUAAAAGGGGAUGAGUGAGGAGGAGGAAGGGGAAGUAUUACCAAGAGACCACUGAUCUUCCUCCAACAGCACUACAAGCCUCGCUGGGGCAACAGAAGGCUGGCCAUGAGAACACUGGCUACUAUGGUCUGGUGUACACAUACACACAAAUACACACACACUGGGAUAGUUUCCAGCUGUGCCAUCACCAUACUGGUUUAUUAUCAGUGUAUUUUAUACUUAUUUUGUACAGUUAGGGACUUAUUCUUAUAUUAUAUGGUAAUGACACUAGAGAGCCUUAGGGAACAGGGAUGAUAAAUAACUUUUAAAACCAAGACAUGCUGUAAUACUGUAACUUAUAUUUGUAUUACUGACAAUAUUUUUAUAUGAAUUUAUAUUCUACAAAUGUAUUAUAUUACAGGGAUCAUCAACUAGUUUUAGCCGCGGGCCGAUUUUUUCUUGAGUGGAUAGUCAGGGGUCCAGAACAU